CCCCUGUCCCUCGUGUAUAUAACGCCUGCCCCUGCCUCUGCUUGGAACGCCCCUCCCUGAUGCAGUUGCCCGGGUAACCGGCUCCAUCCCUGUCGGUGGCGGUGUCAUUGUCUUGUCAGCCCUUGGAAAGGGAAGUCAGUUGUUUAUUUUUCGGGAGCGCCCCGGCCAUGAGGAUCGGCUGCUGAACCUCAGGUUCCCCCCAGCAGAAGAUGUCCACCAUGGUUUACCCAAGGGAAGAGAAGCUGGAGAAGCUGUCGCAGGAGGAGAUCAUCUCCAACACCAAGCUGGUGAUCCAGGGCCUGGAGGCCCUGAAGAACGAGCACAACUCCAUCCUUCACAGCCUGCUGGAGACCAUCAAGUGCCUGAAGAAGGAUGAGGAGGCCAACCUUGUACACGAGAAGUCCAACCUGCUGCGCAAGUCAGUGGAGAUGAUCGAGCUGGGCCUGGGGGAGGCACAGGUGAUGAUGGCCCUGUCCAACCACCUGAACGCGGUGGAGUCGGAGAAGCAGAAGCUGCGGGCGCAGGUGCGCCGGCUGUGCCAGGAGAACCAGUGGCUGCGGGACGAGCUGGCCAACACGCAGCAGAAGCUGCAGAAGAGCGAGCAGAGCGUGGCCCAGCUGGAGGAGGAGAAGAAGCACCUGGAGUUCAUGAACCAGCUCAAGAAGUACGACGAGGACGUCUCGCCCACGGAGGAGAAGGAUGGGGAGCCACCCAAGGAUUCGCUGGAUGACCUUUUCCCCAAUGAGGAAGAGGAGCACGGCCAAGGAACAGUGCAGCACCAGCACAACAGUGCGGCGGUUGCUGCGGCCCAGCAGGGCGGGUACGAGAUCCCAGCACGCUUGCGCACCCUCCACAACCUGGUCAUCCAGUACGCUUCUCAGGGCCGCUACGAGGUGGCCGUGCCCCUCUGCAAGCAGGCCCUGGAGGACCUGGAGAAGACCUCCGGCCACGACCACCCCGACGUGGCCACCAUGCUCAACAUCCUAGCCCUCGUGUACAGGGAUCAGAACAAAUACAAGGAGGCUGCUCAUUUGCUGAACGAUGCGCUGUCCAUCCGUGAGAAAACCCUGGGCAAAGACCAUCCGGCUGUGGCUGCCACGCUAAACAACCUGGCCGUACUCUACGGGAAGAGGGGCAAGUACAAGGAGGCCGAGCCGCUGUGCAAGAGAGCGCUGGAGAUCAGAGAAAAGGUACUUGGCAAGGACCAUCCGGACGUGGCCAAGCAGCUGAACAACCUGGCGCUGCUGUGCCAGAACCAGGGCAAGUACGAGGAGGUGGAGUACUACUACUGCCGCGCCCUGGAGAUCUACGAGUGCAGGCUGGGGCCCGACGACCCCAACGUGGCCAAGACCAAGAACAACCUGGCAUCUUGUUACCUGAAACAGGGGAAAUACAAGGAGGCUGAAAUUCUGUACAAGGAGAUUCUCACCCGCGCACACGAGAAGGAGUUUGGAUCAGUGGAUGCUGAGAACAAGCCCAUCUGGAUGCAUGCGGAGGAGCGGGAGGAGAUGAGCAAAGGCAAGCACAGAGACGGCACUCAUUAUGGCGAGUAUGGCGGCUGGUACAAGGCCUGCAAAGUGAACAGCCCCACAGUGAACACCACCCUGCGGAACCUUGGGGCCCUGUAUCGUAGACAGGGCAAGAUGGAGGCUGCUGAGACCCUGGAAGAGUGUGCCAUGAGGUCCCGCAAACAGAGUGCCGCAGGCACUGACCCGAUCAACCAGACACGGGUGGUGGAGAUCCUAAAGGACGGCGACGGUGAGCGCCGAAGGAGCCGGGACGGCUUGGCCCCCAGCGUGAAGUACGAGAGCGGCUCAGAAGCGGGGGAGGAAGUGAGUAUGGGCGUCGAGUGGAACGGGGCUUAAGCCAUCAAGAUUUCCCUCCACCCCUUUCUCGUCUCCCAAAAAUAUAGCAAAUCAAAAGGAUGUCUUUCCUUCAAGCUUUUUUUUCCCCUCUCAAACGAAACCUUCCUCUGCCAUUCCUGGAUUCUUCCGGCAAGACCAUUGCUCACUGCUACUUCAGGUUCCAGCAGGCAGCCAAUGGGAUGUGUGUCCUCUCUUAAACUGCGGUGUAUUUCUCCUUCCUCCUCCUCUGUCUCCCUCUCCUCCCUCUCUGUCCCUUGCUCCCACUCCUUUUCACCUGCUGGUCUGUCACCUGGAAUGUAUUUACUGGGCUGCAAGGUGUUGCUAAGGAGCAAGGAUGGCGUGUGGACAGAGCAAGUGUAGAGAUGGUGCAGUAGCCGACGGAAUGCGAGGCCUAUUGGAAUGCUGGGAACAUAGCUGCCUGCACAGUGGGAGAUGUGACGAUGUGAUCCACACUUUCAUUUGCCUUCCCUAGUGUCUUCCCGAACUGAACUCCACAAUUACAUUACAGCUGUGGCAUUACAACAGAUUUGCUCGCACAAACGAAUACAACAUGAUGCUAUUUUAGUAGAUGUAGGAUGUAGGAUGACCUGCCUUGGAGAACACUAAUGCUUUGAUUUUGCUGUAUCAAAAUUGAGUUUGUUGACAUUGUUCAAUGAUUUUGAGCAAGAAUUAACAACCUAGG